AUGUGGACGGCCUUGGCCGCGAGCUGGUUGCCCAGUAGCUCCACGGUACUGGGGAGCCGGAUGGGGACCAGUUGGUUGAUCCCAAUGGAUACGGUGGUGGUGAUGGAGCCGUUGAGGGUGGUGAUGGUGGCGAUGGUGGGUGAGGAUGAGGAGGCAUCAUUGCUCUAUCCCUAUGGCCUGGAGCACCAGGACCACAAGAACCCCAAACUGGAUGAUGGGACAUCAAAGGAGGUCACCCUCAAUGUGCCAUUCACCUUCUAUGGCCGAGAGCACAAAACCCUCUAUGUCAACAACAAUGGGGUGAUCUCCUUUGACACCCGCAUCAACCAGUACACCCCAGACCCGUUCCCAUUGGCCGACGGACGCCCCUUUGUGGCCCCAUAUUGGGCUGAUGUGGACAAUGUGCUUGGGGGAGAUGUGUUCUACCGACAGACCAUGGACCCCACACUCCUGACCCACAUCACCACCGACAUCAACCGGUACUUCCCCACCACCCCAUACACGGCCAUAUGGGCACUGGUGGCUACUUGGGACCGGGUGGCCUAUUAUGGCUCCACCAGCAACAAGGGCAACACCUUCCAAGCCGUCCUCACCACCGACACCAAGAGGUCCUUCAUCAUCCUCAACUAUUGGGAUAUCCAAUGGACUACGGGGGCAGCAAGUGAUGGGGACCCCGAAACGGGGCUUGGUGGGACUCCAGCACAUGCCGGUUUCAACAGUGGAGAUGACACCAACUUCUACAACAUCCCUGGGUCCCAAACUGGAGCCAUCAUCAACAUCACCAUGACCUCCAAUGUCAAUGUACCAGGUCGAUGGGUAUUCCAAGUGGAUGACUUCAAGGUGUUGGGGGUCCCCACUGAGGACCCCAAAGGCUCUGGGAACAAUGGGUGUUGGUUGUAA